GCUUGCGCAAUCCAAGACUGCCUCGGCAAAUACAACUACAACGAAGCAAAAUGCCAGUCCUAUGUUGCGGCGCUCUAUCGGUGUUGCGAUACAAUGUACAGGGACGCUGAGAAGCGAGGGGUCGGUGCAGAGGAAGCGAAGAGCACGGCAUGUCCUAUACGGAGCGUUGUGGAACGGCGGAUCAAACGCAUGGAGAAGGAGGAAGGGAAGUGA